AUGCAGCUGAGCUCUGAGCUCACCGCUCGUGCCGCCCCAGAGUGGCGGCUGAGUCGUGCGUAUGUGUGGUUACAUUUCACUCCAGGUAACGCAGCAGAACGGCCAAAAAUCUCAGAAAGAUACAAAAGCAAACGAGAAAAAAAGAAAAGAAAGCGCGAAAUAUCCAACUCCAUCUUCCUAGGCCACCCAAGAAACACCGUACCACCACCAUGGCCACCUUCCUGGGCAGCUCGCCGGCGUUCCUCGUCCGCCCCGUCGCCAAGCCGCACGUAUCCUGCGCGCAGUCCUCGCGCCCGCCCAGCCCGCCCCCGCCCGGCGGGCAGCCUCCGCAGCAGUCCGUGCAAGCGCUGCGGCGACGGCGAGGCCCAAGCGCGCGGCGGGUACCGCGGACUAGACGGAUUGGGUCGCCUCGUCGCUGACGCGGCAGUUCGGGAUCGGCGCCGGGCUGGCGUGGGCGGGGUUCCUGGCUGUCGGCGUGGUGUCCGAGCCAAGACCCGCUUCGAGGUCGCGCAGCAGCAGGCCAACACCAAGGACGUGGAGCAAGAGCAGGAGAUCGUCCUGCCCAACGGCAUCCGGUACUACGAGAUGCGCGUCGGUGGCGGCGACGUCCCGCGGCCGGGCGAUCUGGUGGUGAUCGACCUGCAGGGCCGCGUGGCCGGCGGCGGGAAGGCGUCGUUCGUGGACACGUUCGGUGAGGGCAAGCGGCCGCUGGCGCUGGUGAUGGGCUCCAGGCCGUACACCAGGGGCCUGUGCGAGGGCAUCGAGUACGUGCUGCGGUCCAUGAAGGCCGGCGGCAAGCGGCGGGUGAUCGUCCCGCCAAGCCUCGGGUUCGGCGACGACGGCGCCGACUUCGGGAAGGAAGGCGCGAAGAUACCGCCCGGCGCGACGCUGGAGUACGUCGUGCAGGUCGACAAGGUGUCCAUCGCGCCGGCGUGAGGCUCCGGGCGCGAGUAGAUAGAUCACACAGCUUUGUGGUGUUGGUGCCUUUUGUCGCACGGUUCUUUCGGGUGGCAGCAUGGCCACAGUUCUUGUAGGUGCCAAGUGCCAAGAGACAAUACAAGAAUGAUCUCCCAAAAAAGUGAAGAUUUGUAGAGCUUGCA